CAAUAGGAGGAGUCAUGAAUUGCAAAAGCUUGACAACAGCUUUACUUUCUUGACUUCGUUAGUGUCAUGCAGUUGUGUUAGAAAUCCAGCGUAAGGAAACACUCAAUUUACCACUUGUCUGUGGAUAUUCCAUAUUGCUUUUCUCCAUUUCCACAUGCUGAAACUGUGUUUCUUCAUCUGCUUGAUAUACUGGGUGAAAUCAGAUGAGGAGCAAAAAUGUCCUGAAUUUACAGAUCUUAAUAUAGGCAAUGCUUUGUCUGGAACAGAACUCCGAGUGCAGCUACUCCUAUACACCAAGGAAAAUCCCAAUUGUUCUGAGAGACUCAUUGAGCACAAUGUUACCUCAUCUGAGUACUUUAAUACAGACAGGAGAACUGUCUUUGUUAUUCAUGGCUUCAGACCAACGGGGUCUCCUCCAGCAUGGCUGGGUGACAUGAAGGAUCUUUUACUAUCUUCAGAGGAUAUUAAUCUCAUUAUAGUUGACUGGAAUCGUGGUGCUACAACUGUGAAUUACAUGAUUGCUGUUGAAAACUGCAGAAAAGUUGCAGAAAUACUGAAGAACUAUAUUGAUCAGAUGCUGGUGCAUGGAGCUUCUCUUGACUCUAUGUAUAUGAUUGGAGUUAGUCUUGGGGCUCAUGUAGCUGGUUUUGUUGGUCAGAAGUAUAAUGGCAAACUUGGAAGAAUUACAGGUCUUGAUCCAGCGGGACCUUCAUUCACGCACGAGCCGCCAGAUGGGAGAUUGGAUCGUUCUGAUGCACAGUUUGUUGAUGUAAUUCAUUCAGAUACUGAUGCCCUAGGUUUCAAGAAACCUUUAGGAACCAUUGAUUUCUAUCCAAAUGGAGGAACAGAUCAGCCUGGUUGUCCAAACACAGUUUUCAGCGGAAUUCAGUUUUUCAAGUGUGACCAUCAAAGAGCUGUUUUCCUCUUCUUAGCAUCUUUGAAAAGAAAGUGUGACAUAAUAACAUAUCCUUGUGAGUCUUACUUGGAUUACAAGAGAGGAAAAUGUGUUGAUUGUGAUGCUUUCCAGCCGAUGUCCUGUCCAGUACUGGGUUAUCAUGCUGAUAGAUGGAAGAAAUGGUUAAUAGCAAAAAAUUCACCAACGAGAGCUUAUUUUGAUACCUCGGACCAAGACCCAUUCUGCAUGUACAACUACUUACUGGACAUUACUACCUGGAAUAAAAGCAACAGGAGAGGUUUCAUUAAAGUUAAAAUAACAGACCAUGCUGGAAACACAGUAGAAUCAGAGAUGAAUAGUGAAGCUUCAACAUUUCAGCAAUACAAGAGAGUCAAAAUACUAACUGGAUUUUACCAAGACAUUGAAAGAAUAUCAAAAAUUUCCUUGACCUUUUCUACGAAGACUUUAAUAGGCCCAAAACACAAGCUUAGGAUUCUCCAGAUGACCCUGAAAUCUCUUAAUAAUCCAGAAAGGUUGCAGCUGUGUAGAUAUGAUUUUGUACUGAUGGAGAACACUGAACUGACCUUCAAACCUAUCCCUUGCUCUGAGAAGGGUACCUGAAGAGAGAGCAACUACUAACUUCAUUUCUCUUACAACAUUGACAUUUUGAUGCUUCCUCAGGAUAACAACUGCAAUGAGAAAGGAAAUGAGAUAAGCUAGAUUUAUUUUCAAGUCUACCUGGUAAUAUGCAUUACCUGCUUUGAGUGCCUUAGGCUGAAAUUAAUUGAAAAGUUCAGACAUGUAUGUGUGUGGGAAAUUAUUUGAAUAAAGUAAAUGUAUCAUGGUGGAGAACAUAUAAUGGUCUGUUCAUCAUUAUUUGUUAGCAGUGAAGCAACUACUGAAUUAAAUAUGAAUUAUCUGCAUAAUCCUGGCACAUUAUUUGUCUUACAUAUAUUUAUUUAUUAUUUGUAAUGGCUUUUACAUGGAAACAUAAUUAUCUGUCUACUAAGUGAAUUUAAUAUACUGCAUAUGUGGCCUACAGAUCUAAUACACGACAGUUUUGCUGUGCUGUGUUCACUGGAUAAAUGAAUUCACAUUUUCCCAUUAUGUAAUGUCUCAGUCUGAGAACUGCAACAAUAACAUUGUGACCACAUAUGUAAAUUUGCUAUUUAAAUCAGUUGUCUUUAUGCCCAUUGUAGAUGAAUGUUAUCACAACAUUCAGUUUUAAUUUUUUUAAUGAAAGCUACGGACAGGGCAGAGUUGUUUGAGAUGCGAAG